UUUUUUUGUGAUCCACGCAGAGCCGUCCUCUCUGCACUGCAGUCACCGUUACUCGCACAUUUGGCGUAGGAAGGUCACGUUACAAAUCGGGUCGGGUACUAGCUGCUGCUGCUGCUGCUGCCGGAGAGAGGAGGACUGCGCAAAAACCACGGCCCGGAUUUGUGCCUGACUGACGUCAUGUGGAGCCACAGCAGACCUCUUUGACAGGAUCCAGCAACGAAAAGCACCGGGGGUAUGUGAUCAACAUCCAGCGGAACCGGGAGCACAUACUAUACCCGUGAAGUGAAGAGAAAAAAAAGAGGCAAGCACCAGGAGAGAUUUCGCUCGUAGAGAGCUCGGUUGUGGCGUACCAUGAGAGUGCUUAUCCGUUAUUAAAGGGACUACAACGGAUGUUUUCUGCCUCAAAACGGAGCUGCACUGUUGACCGGGGAGGGAUAAGCCACAGCCAGGAGAACUAAUCCCCAGGACGGUCACAUUCACGACGGGGCUUGGACCCGACAGAAAAUGGACAGGGCAGCACGAACUGGAUUAAAUGAUAGAGACUAAAACGGAGAGACGGCCGCGGACGACAACAAAGCGAAGCCCCCUGAAGUGUUAUGCCCGUUAACCCGUGUGGUCUUUAUUUGACUGGAAAUGGGAGCUUUAACGAGCAGACAAAACAUAGGCGUGGAAGAAGUGGACAUACCGUCCAAUUCGGUGUACCGUUAUCCACCGAAAUCUGGUAGUUACUUUGCCAGCCAUUUCAUCAUGGGGGGAGAGAAGUUUGACUCCACCCAUCCGGAGGGUUACCUGUUUGGGGAAAACACAGACCUUAACUUCCUGGGGACCAGACCUGUGGCGUUCCCGUACGCAGCCCCUCCACCUCAGGAACCAGUAAAGACAUUACGAAGCCUUAUAAACAUCCGUAAGGACACGCUGCGGCUCGUACGGUGCAGCGAGGACCUGAAGCUGCCAGGAGACGAGGCGGCGGGCAAGAACAGGGCCUGCUACAACAUAGAGUUUACCUUCGAUGCCGACACACAGGUGGCCAUAACUAUCUACUACCAGGCCAUGGAGGAGUUUCAUAAUGGAGUGCCAGUUUACCUGCCCCAGGACAGCUCUCUGCAGUCUGAGACGGUGCAUUUUAAGAGGGGAGUGUGCCAGCAGUUCUGUCUGCCCUCACACACUGUCAACCUCAGCGAGUGGGCUGACGAGGAGCUGCUGUUCGAUAUGGACAAAGAGAUUUUCCCCAUGGUGGUGCAGGCUGUUGUAGACGAGGGGGAAGAACAUUUAGGCCACUCUCACAUACUGCUGGCAACAUUUGAAAAGCACAUGGACGGGAGCUACUGUGUGAAGCCUCUGAAGCAGAAACAAGUGGUGGAUGGAGUGAGCUAUCUACUGCAGGAGAUCUAUGGGAUAGAGAACAAAUACAACAGCCAAGAAUCAAAGGUUGCUGACGAUGAGAUCAGUGACAACAGUGCUGAGUGUGUGGUGUGUUUGUCGGAUGUACGCGACACACUCAUCCUGCCGUGCAGACACCUGUGUCUCUGCAACGCCUGCGCAGACACUCUGCGCUACCAGGCCAACUGCUGCCCCAUCUGCAGACUGCCGUUCAGAGCUCUGCUGCAGAUCCGAGCCAUGAGGAAGAAGCUCAGCCCUCUUUCACCUACCAGCUUUAACCCCGUCAUCACUUCACAAACCUCUGACUCAGAGGAACACUCGGCGUCUGAGCACAUCCCUCCAGGCUACGAAGCAGUGUCUCUCCUUGAAGCGUUGAAUGGCCCCCUCAACACCUCCUCGGUGGUCCCUCCUCCUCUCCACUCUGGUCCCAGCCACGUCUCGGGAGCGCUGCCCCCGUACAGCAGUGAACCUCACCCGGCACCGACCCGUUCCCUCUCCCCUUUAGACCACUCCAACUCCAGUCAGGGACUCAAACUUAAAAAGAGUGGCUCAAAGUCACUUUCCCAGAAUUCCUCCGUGCUUCCCGAAGAGGAGGAUGAGAAGUCCUGCAGUGAAUCGGAUGCCUGUCGCCACAAACUGGCUGUGGACCAGCAGGAGAAUGGAGUGACUCCAGACAGCGAGAACUUGACUCUCUCCUCAUCUGGAGCCAUCGACCAGUCAUCCUGCACCGGGACCCCGCUAUCCUCUACCAUCACGUCCCCUGAAGACCCAGUGAGCAGCAGCCUGGUCCAGUCAGUGAUGUCCAUGGCCUCGUCCCACUCGCAGCACUCCCACAUCAGCACUGACACCAUGUCCUCCAUGUCAGGGUCCUACCUGGCCGGGGCUGAAGGCGAACCCGGGGGGGACGAUGGGGGGGACGUGGAGGGCGAGGAGAACCAGGACGCCGCCAUGGAGAGCCGAGGACCAUCGCAGCAGGACGGGGAGUUUUCCCAGGAGCCAAAGGAACAAAAUUACUCAGUGGCUGUCGAGGAGCAGGACUCAGAGGGAAAUGAUGUAACUGAAGAAGACUGUUCCUCCCCGUCUAAUGGAAAAGGUGGGCGGAGCAGGUGUCCAGAGUUGGCCAAUAACAAUCAGGGCGUCGCCCUCUGUGACACGCCCUCUUUGGGGUUGGAUAAUGAGCAGGCUCCCGACAGCCGAUUCGCCGGUCUGAUGUACCUCGGGGGUUACAGGCCUGUUUUGGAGCCCCUUCCCCACCACACCUCCACCAGCAAUAUCAACCUGGAGGAGCAGGGGGCAGAGAACAGGGACGGCCAGAGUCCUAAACAUCCCCGUCGCGGACCACUCAUUGUGUAACACACUCAAAGAAACACACACAAACACAAACACACACACACACUCACACAAAACACACAGACUUCUCCGUCCAGAGUCAGCUCUUCUUACCCUGCCAUAGUGCUGCGUCGCUGGAUACUGUCCUCACUGAACAGGGAAACCCUCCUCCUCCUCCUCCUUGUCCUUCAUCUGUAUGAACAUUUCCUGGAUUGAUUGUCUUUGCUGGCGCUGAAACUCCUCUCGGGUUAAAAGAGGAGGGAAGAGGAACAGAACGGCAUCACCUGUCUGCCGUCUGUGCACUUUCAUCUCACAGGAUUUCUCUGUUUUUGUUUUUCCUGUCUGUGAUCAAACUUUUUUUAAAUUCAUUUAAAUUAAAUAUUGACAAAGGUUAUCUUAUAUGUCACUUUGCUGAUAGAGCAGGUCUAGACCAUGCUCUAUAUAAUAUUAUUUACAGACCCACCAUUCCCCACCCUGAGCAAGCACUUGGCGAUGGUGGCAAGAAAAAAAACUUAAUGCUACAUUAUUAUUUAUUACCUAACCAGUGAGAACUGUGUGUCGUGACACUAUCUCUAGAAAACAACACGCUGCUCCUCUCCUUUCCUCUCCUCUAUUACCAGCCAAACAGUCAGGGGCUACUGUGAUCGGCAAUCGGAUUUAUUACUAAUGUACUUCUUCUUCUCUGUUACAAACUGUAUGUUGUAUGAGUGGUUGGACACUAUUUAAAAAGUCAGCUCACACCGGACUACCUUACCAUAGCGAGCUAAAACGUGCUGACGCAUCUCCUCGGAUCAGGGAGCUCCCGUCUCGACUUUGCAUGCAGUUUUCAGCUCCUGCUGAUGUUUCCCCUCCCUCUCUCAUUUCCGCUAUGAUUUUCAAACACGUCUGCUGAAUGUGAAUACAGAAGCGGUUGGACUUGUGAGGCGGCACACGAGCCAAGAAAUGUUGGCCAAAAUGAACAGAAAUGGACUGGGGGAAAGAAAAAAAAAGAAUGUAGGCAGACGAACAUGGAUCUCUUUAGAAAGGGAAUGUACAUGACAUUUAAACUGGAACUGAACUUUGAACUCUGCUUCACACACCAAUCACGCCAUCUUCUCCUUCUGCAGCUCCAUCUUAGCAUGUCAGUAUUAUCACAGUUCAACUGGAAAUCAACAAGUACCACCAAGCAAUAAGGAUGCUGGAGCUGCAUCUCCUCUUUUUCUCCUGCAGGAGGAUG